GCAACUAUCCUUCCUCUCUCUCUUUCUUUUUCUCACAAUCAAAUCAUUAACCAUCGCGCUCUCUCUUUCUCUCUCUAAAACGCACACUCUCUCUCUCUCUCUCUCUCUCUCUCUAUCCCUUUCCGAUUCCACUCCAUCCACACGAAAUGAGUUAUAGUGUGUUUGGAAAUUCGUUCGAUAGACUAUAAUGGAUUGAAUGAACUCAAACACACAUUUGUGUAAUUGCUAAUGGAUUACCAAACACACUCUUAUUCGAAAUGGAAAAUGCUUAUUGUUACCGGAGAAGUUUUAAAAAAAAAUUCAAGAAUUUUAUGUGGCAAUGUGUAACAGCUAUAGAGUUUGAAAUGGGGAUAUACCUGAGUACCCCAAAAACAGAGAAGGCAUCUGAAGAUGGUGAGAAUGACAUGCUUCGUUUUGGAUUGUCUUCCAUGCAGGGUUGGCGCGCUUCUAUGGAAGAUGCUCAUGCAGCUCAUCCAUAUUUGGACGAAUCUACAUCUUACUUUGGUGUUUAUGAUGGCCAUGGAGGUAAAGCUGUUUCAAAAUUCUGUGCCAAGUAUCUACACCAGCAAGUGCUUAAGCAUGAAGCUUAUGUAGCUGGAGAUAUAGCCACGUCUUUACAGAAAUCUUUCCUCAGAAUGGAUGAGAUGAUGCGUGGACAAAGAGGGUGGAGAGAAUUAGCAAUCUUGGGAGAUAAAAUGGAAAAGUUGUCUGGUAUGCUAGAGGGGUUUAUAUGGUCUCCCAAGAGCAGUGAAGCCAAUGACCGUGUCGAUGCGUGGGCUUUUGAGGAGGACCACGACCCACCAGUUCCACAGAACCUAUAUUGCGGACAAAUGAGAAUGUUGCAAGUACAGAAUUGGUGGACAAAGGGACCCCAUUCUGAUUUCAGUGGGCCAAACUGUGGAAGCACAGCGUGUGUGUCUGUCAUCAGAGGAAACAGACUUGUUGUUGCAAAUGCUGGUGACUCAAGAUGUGUGUUAUCAAGGAAAGGCCAGGCACACAAUUUGUCUAAAGAUCACAAGCCUGACCUUGAAGUUGAGAAAGACAGGAUUAAGAAAGCUGGUGGUUUCAUCCAAGUUGGACGGGUCAAUGGAAGUUUGAACUUGGCCAGAGCAAUUGGAGAUAUGGAAUUCAAGCAGAACAAGUAUUUGCCUGCUGAAAAGCAGAUUGUGACUGCUGAUCCGGACGUAACUUCGGUUGAGCUUUGCGAUGAUGAUGAGUUUCUUGUGAUAGCUUGUGAUGGGAUAUGGGAUUGUAUGUCCAGCCAACAGCUUGUGGACUUUAUACAUGGCCAGUUAAAGACAGAGAAUAAACUUUCUGCAGUUUGCGAGAAAGUGUUUGACCGGUGCUUGGCACCAACAGCUGGUGGUGAGGGAUGUGAUAACAUGACCAUGAUUUUGAUUCAGUUCAAAAAACUUCCAACUUCAGAUGCUUCGGUCAAAGACCAGCCUCAGCCAUCUGCUCAACCGACCCCCACUCCUCCAAUUCCAGAUACUUCUGCUCAACCGUCUGAAGCUGGCAGAAGUUAGAGAAAGUUGAAUUGAAGUAAGAAAAUUUCAUACUUGAGCAGAUGGCUGUCAAUUUCUGAUUGCACGUUGAAGCAUUGGCGAGGGAAGGUUCACGGGUACUACUUCAUAUCCAGAUUACAGAUUUCAGGGUGUUAAUUUUCAGUAGAGGAUUGUAAAUUUGGCUUUGUACAUAAACGUGGAUGAUUAGAAUAUUAACAGGGGGGAAAAGCGUUCAGCAAGCAUACACACAGUUACAUGGAUGGUUAAAUUUAUCUUUUUUCAUACCAAUGUAAACAUGAUUGUUGACCAGAAAAAUAUUAAGAACGUGUCUGAAUACUGGAGUCACUCGUUUAUCCACGAUUUGUAGAAGCUUUUUUAAGAAUUCAGUUUUAUAUGGAAAUCACAGGUGAUUUCUUUUUCU